AGAGCGCCGCCAUUUCGGAGCUUCCGGAGCACGCGUCGACGACGCACUCGACACGUGGGCCCCACGGUAUAAACACCCUCUCACUCUCACUGGCGCGUCGGCCCCACAGAUCAACCUCAUCGUCUCCGACCCCCCUCCGCCGCCCAAGGGAGCUAGGCCGGCGGCGCUCGUCUCUGCCGCCGCCGCCGUCGCACGGGCAUGGCUCGUCUCGUCCUCCUCGUCGUCCUACUGCUUCUCCUCUCCGUCACCGGCGAGACGUCCGCCACCGGCGGUGGCGGGGAAGGCGGGCGAUUCGACGCCUCCCGCACAGUCGAUGUCUCGUGGAGCCCCAGGGUGUUCCUGUACGAGGGGUUCCUGUCGGAUGUGGAGUGCGAACACCUCAUCGCGCUGGCGAAGCAGGGUAGGAUGGAGAGGUCGACGGUGGUAAACGGCAAGUCGGGGGAGAGCGUGAUGAGCAAGACGAGGACCAGCUCCGGCAUGUUCCUCAUCAGGAAACAGGAUGAAGUCGUUGCAAGAAUAGAGGAGAGGAUUGCUGCUUGGACCAUGUUUCCAGCAGGUAUGGUGCAAGGGCACAGAACACUGGAAAACUGCUUAAUUGGACCUUGCUCCAAAUGUUCUUCAGAGUGCAUCACCUUCUAUUGCUUUGCCCGUUUUGUGAUUCUUGAACGGUCAGAAAACGGUGAAUCUAUGCAAAUGCUACGUUAUGGGCAAGGUGAGAAAUACGAGCCACACUUUGAUUACAUUCGCGGACGGCAAGCCUCAGCUCGUGGAGGUCAUCGGAUUGCUACUGUGCUCAUGUACCUGUCCAAUGUCAAGAUGGGUGGAGAGACCGUCUUCCCCGAUGCAGAGGCUAGGUUAUCACAGCCUAAAGACGAGACAUGGUCCGACUGCGCAGAACAGGGCUUCGCAGUGAAACCUACCAAAGGCAGUGCGGUGCUGUUCUUCAGCCUCUACCCCAACGCGACGUUCGACCCAGGCAGCCUGCACGGAAGCUGCCCUGUCAUACAAGGCGAGAAGUGGUCGGCGACGAAAUGGAUCCAUGUGAGAUCCUACGACGAAAAUGGCCGGAGAUCCUCGGACAAAUGCGAGGAUCAACAUGCUCUCUGCUCCAGCUGGGCUGCUGCUGGAGAGUGUGCCAAGAACCCCGGUUACAUGGUCGGCACCAGUGAAUCCCCUGGCUUCUGCCGGAAGAGUUGCAACGUAUGUACAUCGUAGUUUCAGACUACUAAUCGACUAAUAAUCAUAAUAAAUACAUAUUUUAUUCUUACUCCUA